AUGUCGCGCCAGAUCAACCAGCCCUCGAACCAGAUCAAGCUGACCAACGUGUCGUUGGUGCGGCUCAAGAAGGGCAAGAAGCGCUUCGAGAUCGCCUGCUACAAGAACAAGGUGCUUGAGUGGCGGUCCGGCAUCGAGACAGACCUGGACAACGUCCUGCAGAUCCCCAACGUCUUCCUGAAUGUAUCCAAGGGGCAGACGGCUCCGCACGCCGACUUGGUCAAGGCUUUUGGCAAGGAUGUACCUGUCAACGAUAUCAUUCUCGAGAUCCUCAACAAAGGCGAGAUACAAGUCGGAGAAAAAGAACGGGCGGCACAGUUGGAACGGGUGCACAAUGAAGUGAUCGGUAUCGUCGCGAGUAAACUGGUGGACCCUAGGACAAAACGAGUCUACACGACGGGCAUGAUCGAAAAGGCGCUUGAUAUGCUGAGCUCGCAGGCGCAUCACGCACAGAACGACAAGGACGGCAACAAGAGCACUACUGGAAGUGGUACAGGGACGCCCGCGACGGGUGAUAGUGGUGAAGCGAAGCCGCGGCCGGUCAAGGAACAUGUCUGGACCGGUGUGGUCACCACGAAGAGCGCAAAGAGCCAGGCGUUGGAGGCUAUGAAGGCCCUUAUUGCGAACCAGCCGAUACCUGUCACAAGAGCACGGAUGAGGCUACGCAUUACAUGUUCGACCAACGUGCUCAAGCAGGCGGUGAAAGCCCCAGCGGCUGCCAAGGGACAGAAAGGCGAGGACGAUGACGGAGAGAAGAAAACACCAGGCACUGUCAAAGACAAGAUUCUAAGCUAUAUCGAGCAGGUUGAUACUCAGGAUGUUCUGGGGUCAGAGUGGGAAGUAGUUGGCUUCGUGGAACCCGGAGCCUUUAAAGGUCUCUCGGAUUUCAUUGGCAAUGAAACCAAAGGCCAGGGAAGAGUAGAGGUUCUCGAUAUGGCUGUUACUCAUGAAGAUUAA